GGAUAUAAUAAUUUGGAAAUACACGUACAGUGGAUCUCAAUCCUCAGACUUUGUAAACCCAUUUACCAGAAAGUGAGCUCUGUGGAGCCAUUUCCUGGCCCUGCCCACUGGGCACCCCCAGUUUGAGAGGAGUGCUUGUCAGUCUUAUCAGCUUGGAAAAGUGAGGGGAAGUAAGCAGUCUUAGUAAAUUUCUCUCAAAUAUUUUGACUGAAAAAGAGCUAAUUUCUAAAAUUUAGUAAUAUAAGUUCUCUUAGUCUUUUUUUCUAUUGCUAAAACAAAGUGCCUGAGAUCAGGUAAUUUAUGAAGAAUAGAGGGGUUUCUUUGCUUACAGUUCUGAAGAUUAGGAAGUCCAGAGUGUAGCACCUGCCUCAGCUGGGCACUGGCGGGCCCUUCUUGCUGCAUCAUGACAUGGCAGAGGGCGUCACAUGGGAGAUAGCAGGUGUGCCAUCUUGGGUCUCUUCCUCUUCCUAUAGAGUCACUGAUGCCAUUAUGGUGCCAUCUUCAUGACCUCAUCUAAUCCUAAUGGCCUCCCAAAUUCCCUCUCCAUAUACCAUGAAAAUAUGGAUUAGGGAUUACUUAUAAUACAUGGACUUUGGGGAAACACAUUCAAACCGGAGUAUACCUGCAAUACCAAAUACAUUGACUAUUCUGAAACUAAAGACUAAAAUGUUAAAAUUGAAACCUUUCAUCAGAGUUAAAGACACCACUAGGAUAGUUACUAAAUCAUUCAGACAAGUAGAGGUUCCCCUCCGAGACUCCCAGCAGGCCCCGUGGUGUAGGGAUGAGCAGGGAUGGGGCACUACCAUGUCCAACCUUCCCACCCGAGUUGGGCUUCAUCUCUCUGGGACUUUAUUGAGUCAAACCUGAGCAAAGGGCGGACCUCAUGGCUGGACUAAAUCAGUCUGGUCACAUUUCAAUUCUGGAAAACUUGCUGUGUGCUUCCAGUUGGCCAGACUAGCAUGCUUAAAAACAGUAAAUGGCAGCCUGCUAGAGCCGGCCUGCAUUCCACGUUUCUGUCAGCCUUGAAGGUCACGACUCCAGAGCUCUGUUCUUGGGUGGAUUAUGAGACGUGCAACAUUUUCCAUGGCUAAGCAUGUAGGUGGUCAGUCUGCUUUCCAAACCAGUGCACCGUAUGACCUGGGGCCAGCUCCCUUGAGUUCCAGGUUUUACUUCAACUUUGCUUUAAACAUAUUAAUUGGCAGAUGAAAAAGGACAUGUCUGUAUCUAUAUCUGUAGCACUCUUCCACUGAACUGUAUCCCCAGUCCCCAAUUCAUUCAUAUUCUCUUUCUCUUUUGGAGUACUGGGGAUUGAACCCAGGGAUGCUUCACCAUUGAGCUUCAUCCCUAGUCCUGUUUUUUGAGUCUGGGUCUCUCUAAGUUGCUGAGAUCCUCCAGUCUCCCAAAUCUCUGAGAUUACAGAUGUGUACCACUGCACCUGGCCUCAAUUGUCUCUUAAUCUGAAAUCAGCAUUGAGUUUGUUUUCUUAAAUAAGCAUGAGAUACUCUUUAUAUAUGUGGUGGUGAGGAUCUAACCCAGUGCCUCAUACAUGCUAGGCAAGUGCGCUACAACUGAGCCACAACCCCAGCCCAGCAUUGGGUUUUGACGUAAUGCCUGAUAGAAGGGUUUUUGGUGAAGGUGAGCCGGCUUUCCACCUUUGUAGGUUGGGUGCUUUUAGUCCUUUCCCAGUUAGUGAUAGGUUUCACUUCAUGACUCAGGUUCUGUGUUGGGUCCUGCCCUGAGUUGAUGGACAGAGGUGAUGGCCUGAGCUUAAUUAAGAUCACGGCCUCUUACAGACUAAGAAGGGGAGCUGCAGCAAGAACUGGGAUUCUGCGGGAGCUGUUGGCGCCCUAUUGGAGGAUGGAGGAACAGGCAGCACUGCUCCCAAAAGGCUAAGAAGCUGCUCUUUACCUGUCCACUUGUCCUGGGACCUUCAUCUCUGCUCCUCCAGGUGCUCAGGUGGGAAGCUCAGCCUGUUCCGGUCCCUUCCUUCCAUACUCCGGACUGCCCACAGCCCCCUUGGCUCACCUCUGUCUGGAUUCCCAGUGCCUACACCCCAACCCCAGCUCUCCUGGACUCCAAAGAUAUCAUUUGCUUCUGUCUCAGGAUGAUUUGAUGUCUUAAAUAAAACUCUUUUGUCAACCAUGAUGGCCACACAGACAUUGAGCAUAGACAGCUAUCAAGAUGGGCAGCAAAUGCAAGUGGUAACAGAAUUAAAAACGGAGCAAGAUCCAAACUGCUCUGAACCCGAUGCAGAAGGAGUGAGCCCUCCUCCUGUAGAGUCGCAGACCCCAAUGGACGCAGACAAGCAGGCCAUUUACAGGCAUCCACUGUUUCCAUUAUUAGCUUUGUUGUUUGAAAAAUGUGAGCAGUCCACACAGGGCUCAGAAGGCACCACUUCUGCCAGUUUUGAUGUGGACAUUGAGAACUUCGUCAGAAAGCAAGAGAAGGAAGGGAAACCCUUCUUUUGUGAAGAUCCAGAAACAGACAACUUAAUGGUGAAAGCAAUCCAGGUCUUGCGUAUUCAUCUUCUUGAGCUGGAAAAAGUUAACGAACUUUGCAAAGAUUUCUGUAGUCGAUACAUUGCUUGUUUGAAGACGAAAAUGAACAGUGAGACUCUGUUGAGUGGAGAGCCUGGAAGUCCAUACUCUCCCGUGCAAUCCCAGCAGAUUCAAAGUGCCAUCACAGGCACACUCAGCCCACAGGGGAUCGUGGUUCCUGCCUCCGCCCUGCAACAGGGAAAUGUGACCAUGGCGACGGUGGCAGGAGGCACAGUGUACCAGCCUGUCACAGUCGUGACUCCACAAGGCCAAGUGGUCACACAGGCCUUGUCACCUGGGACAAUUAGGAUCCAGAACUCCCAGCUUCAGUUACAGUUGAACCAAGACCUCAGCAUCCUGCACCAAGAUGAUAGCUCAUCCAAGAGCAAGAGAGGUGUCCUGCCAAAGCACGCCACCAGCGUGAUGCGGUCCUGGCUCUUUCAGCACAUAGGGCAUCCUUACCCAACAGAAGAUGAGAAGAAGCAGAUUGCCGCUCAGACAAACUUGACACUACUCCAAGUCAACAACUGGUUCAUCAAUGCCAGAAGACGAAUUCUCCAGCCAAUGUUGGAUUCCAGUUGUUCAGAGACCCCCAAAACAAAGAAAAAAACUGCUCAGAACAGGCCAGUCCAAAGGUUCUGGCCCGACUCCAUCGCAUCGGGAGUGGCACAGCCAGCGCCGAGCGAGCUCAGCAUGUCAGAAGGUGCCGUUGUGACCAUCACCACCCCUGUGAACAUGAACGUGGACAGCCUCCAGUCCCUGUCCUCAGAUGGGGCCACCCUGGCCGUGCAACAGGUCAUGAUGGCCGGGCAGAGUGAGGACGAGUCUGGGGACAGCACAGAGGACGACGGGGGUGCCCUGGCGCCCACCCACAUCGGCGGGCUGGUGCUGGAGAACAGCGACUCCCUGCAGUAGGAGCAGGCGCACCAGCUCGGGAGCCGGCACACCUGACUUUUUAUAGUUUGCACAGCAAACAUUUUACACAGUUUUAUUUCUAAUAUGUUUUAUAUGUAGAUAUAGAAGAGUGCACUUUUGUAUUUCAUAGUAAGCUUAAAGAGCGUCUUUGCCAGUGCAGCGACUUCUUUCAGAUGUGUGUGUGGGUUUUUAAAGAAAUUCUUUAAAGGUUUAACGCUAGAAAUGUGAUGAAUGACCCCCUGCCCCAAGUUUCUGAUUAGAUUAAGGAGUAGUGCUGCCAUUUUCUAAAAGAAUUCUUCAGUUGUAAUUCCGUUCUGUGGUCACUAGCAGGUCUUGGGGCUGCUCCCUUUGUGCAGCCCACGGACCUGAGAGAAGCUCUGCCUGAGACUGCCUUGUGCGGAGCAAGGACACUCAGCCGACUACGUGUGGUUUCAGAGUGAGUGGACGGCAAUUUCAGCAAGUUUAAGUUCUCUCAUGGUCAGCGAGCCUGUUUCAUUUGCUAUAUAUAAAAAGAAACUCCUAUUUUUACCUUGCUGGAAUUAUUGGAUAAAAAGCUAUUUUUAUAAAUUCGUUAUGAAUUGGAUUAUGACUAUAUUGAGGAUAAAAUUUCUAGAGAAGGAACAAUAUGUGAUUAUAUUUCGAUUUCGAAUGUUCUGAAUUGCCCAAAUUGAAUGACCUGCCCACAGCUAGCUACCGUUGCACUGUCUCCUGCUCCCCAGGGGGUUUACGUUUACUGCUGAAAAGAAACAGCUCUAGUGGGAUUUUGAUAUCUCCAGAUUUGUGCUGAUAUGUCAUGCUCAGAUUGCGUCUUACACUUGACCUACACAAGUGUCUAAAGGUGUGUGCUAAGUAGGACUUCAGGUAAGUGAGGUGGAGUGUAGCCCUGAUCAGUUGAAAGCUCUCACCCACGUACUCCAGUCUGAUUUGAAUCUGACUUCAGUUACAUGGUUCCUUUACUAUGUUAACUGUAUUGUUUUAGAACUUUUUUAGUCAAAAUAUGUUAUGCAUAGAACGUGUAAUGUAAACUAGUGUAAAAAGUGCUCGACCCCACGGCUCAGAGCUGGGGUGCUUAGGAAACAUCCAGGCCGCCUUAUGCAAUUGGCAACAUCCGCAAAGCCACGCAGUGACCUGAAUUGUGACAGGUCGGGACAGCACACCCCGUGGCUCACCUGUGGGCCUUGGUCCCUGUUGUUGGCAUCCUGUCUUUGUGUGUUGCUUCAGAGUUCCCAGAGCCCUCCCACCUCACCUGAUCACAUGGGUGUGGGAUGAUUCGGGGACUUCCAUUUCCUGGUGAUGAUAAAUUAAGAGUUGGUGGCUUUUGUUCUUUGGCAUGAUUUGGUUUGACUUAGAAAUGGAGACUUUUCCUCAGAGAGAACCAGCCACCUGCUUCAUGUAGUGUCUUCUUGUCAUCCUAGAUGGGUGCCCAGAGCGCAUCUGCUGACCAGGGCAGCUGCGGCUGGCACCGCCUCCAGUUCUUGAGAUCCAGCAAUGUGAUUGGUUAAGGACCAAGACUACACUGAGGACACUUUUAGCUAAUGCAGAUUUUUCUAGAACUGACCACCCCGACUCCGCCACCCAGUUGUGUUAGAGUCAGCCAUGGGGGAGUAUGUCCUGGACAACCUAUGUCAGCAAGAAGCACAGAGGUUUCUUUAAAACUUUUUUAAGAGCUUCAACUAAAAGAAAAACUUGAUUAUUAACUCUUUUGGGGAGAAUAACAUUUUAAAGCUGCCAUGGAAUUCUUUAUUUUCUUUUUAUAGUGUUUUAAGUCAGGUCUGCACACAUUUAAGAGAUUAUUUUAACUUUCCUUAAGUGCCAACGUUGUUGGACUUGGUACAACUUGGACCUGUGGGAACCACCAGCCCUUCUUCCUUCCUCCUGCCCUGACUCCCUGAGGCCCUCAGCUGCCCCGCUCUUUGGCAGAGCAGGGAACAUAUUCACAGAAUGUGGACUCCUGCAGAGGGCAUUGUUUCUUCCCCACAGAAAUCAUGGUCCCACACGUGGUGGGGUGAGCCAUGUCUGCACGGAGGCCUCAUGUCGGGCUGCUCUAGCUGAGGGCUGAAUAUCCCGCUGAAGGACACCGUAUACAUUCUGUCCAGCUGAAAUUGGUUUCCUUCACCCCUAAGCUUCACUUGCUAAGUUCACUUGCUAAUGAAAGAGGGCACUUAAGGUUGUAACCUGGGUUUCCUUCACCCUUUUCAUAAGAACUGAGGUUGUUUUGAGUAACUUCCAUCUGGCAAGCUGUUCUGGUUCCUAAAAUCACCACCCAGCUUUAUGUGUUAUCAGUUUGCACCUUAGAAACACUGGUUUCCUAGUCCUCGGUUGGUGGAGAGUAUCUGAAAGUGCAUCCACUUGAGCUUUCAUUUUAAAUGGUCAGACUGGAUCCCAACUUGGUUCUUGUUAAAUUUCUCACUGUGGUGGAGCCUUUGGAAUGUGCCCGAGACACGCAGUGAGCCUGCCGAUCCUGCUGUCGCUGCUGAGCAGAAGCUGGACUGGCUGCUGAACAGCAAGCUCCAUUGGCGGGCUCAGCGCUCCAUUUUUAAAUCCCAGAUGGUCAAAUCAGUAUGAGCACUUGUCCAGCACGCGGAGUGGCCGUUAUGGCCAAGGCCGCAGGGCGUUCUCUGGGUAACCUUGAGUGGGGGAGCAAGGGAGCUUCCUCCUAUGGACAAGUGCAGCGUGCCAGCAGGUGUGCGCUGUCCCCAAGGACAUCUCUGGCUGUCGGUGACACCACUAACUCAGCAACCUGCCUUUUUUAGUUAUGUUCGGUCUUUGAAACUGACAAUCUUUAAAAUGUGAAUACUGUAACAAUAUGUUUUCUUGGAUUGUUGUCUUUAAAAAGGAUUUUUGUGAAGCAACUGAUUUAUCAAAGCAAAAAAUUAAAAAUAGAAACAUGCCU